CCUCAAGGUGUUGGUGGGUGGGUACCCAUGGUGGAGCGAUGUCAGUAUCAUAAACCGCGUUUUACCGCCAUGGGGUCGGGUGGUUGUCUUGCGAACGAAGCCCCUCACGAUCCUCGCGACCUCGGUUUACGAUUUAUAAAAAUGGCUUAAAGAUUACAAAAUCGUAUAUCAUAGCCAAGCAUGUCUUCAGGAAUCGUUCUCGAUUUGAUACACAGUAGAGAAUAUAUUGAUGACUUUGAUCUUUUCACGGUCCCUGAUUUAAGAGCCAGAGCGAGGUACCUUGGCCUACGUGGAUACUCGCGGCUCAGAAGGGCUGAGCUUAUCGAAUUACUGUUAUCAACAGUACCCGCAAGAUAUCCCGAUAUGACUUUACCGCUCGUCAUAGGGAUGCUGGAUCUCGAAGUGACCGAAUUUUCUGGACCCGUGAUGAGACCAAAUGUAUCAGUGCCAAGACCGGUACCAGCACCGAUUAGACCAGUACCAGCACGGGUUGAGGUUGAUGAUGAGGACGACGCAGACGAUGACAUUGAUGAAGAUAAUAGAUGUAUCAUUUGUCUUUCUAAACGAAAGACCGCCACCAUUGUUCAUGGUAGAACAGGGCAUUUUUGCUGCUGUUUAUCGUGCGCAAAUAAAUUGGAGAAUAGGGGGGAUAAAUGCCCUAUAUGUCGCGCAUCAAUAGAUCUUGUCAUUAGACAAAAUAUUUGA